UUGAAGAUGUGUUACACUUCCUAAUCAAAAAUUCUCCCCACAACUUUAAUUAUCCUAUUUUGUUCUAAAUUUUCUUGCUCUUUAUUGGUUUUAUUGUUUUUUCUUGAAAUUGGGUUGAUAAGAUCACCAUGACCAUGUCAAUGUUAAUGUGCAGACUAAGACAACCCCUAAUAAAUGUUCCUUGCAGUGGCCAAAAAUUGAAUGGGAGGCAGAUUCAAAAAGAGAAGGUAGUGUUGGUGAUGGGAGCCACAGGGACAGGGAAGUCAAGGCUCUCCAUAGACAUAGCAACAUGUUUUCCAUCAGAAAUCAUCAACUCUGACAAAAUUCAAGUCUAUGAAGGGCUUGACAUAAUCACAAACAAAAUCUCCAAGGAAGAACAACGUGGGGUACCCCACCAUUUACUAGGAAACCACAACCCCAACACAGAGUUCACAGCCAAUGAUUUCUGUGACAUGUCAUUAGUAACCAUUGACUCAAUCACUGGCCGUGAACAGCUUCCAAUCAUUGUUGGAGGCUCCAACUCCUACCUUGAGGCCUUAAUUGACGACGAUGAUUACAAGUUCCGAUCAAGGUACGAUUUUUGUUGCCUCUGGGUGGACGUGUCAAUGCCUGUUCUUCAUUCCUAUGUAGGAGAACGUGUUGAUCAAAUGUUUGAGAAUGGAAUGGUGAAUGAACUGAGACCCUUUUUCAAUCCCAACGGGGAUUACUCACGAGGGAUUAGAAAAGCCAUUGGUGUUCCCGAAUUUGAUGAGUAUUUUAGGAAAGAAGCAUUUGCAGAUGAGGGGAAAAAAAAGAUGUUACUGGAAGAAGCAAUGAAUGAAAUGAAGUUGAAUACUUGGAAGCUUGCUAGGAAACAGUUGGGGAAGAUUCAUAGGCUGAGGAAUGUGAAGAGAUGGGAGAUUCAUCGCUUGGAUGCAACACCUGUGUUCCGAAAGCAUGGUGUUGAAGAAGCAAAUGAAGCGUGGAAGAAGCUAGUGGCAGAGCCUAGUGCUAUGAUCGUGGCUCACUUUCUCUAUAACAAAACCACUGCUAAUGUUGUUUCUGUUUCUGACCUUAGAGUGCCAUCUUCCGACACCGUUAUGACUGCGGCAACAUGCUAAUAAUUAACAAUGUUGUUCGGCCCAGAAAUUUUUUGUU